AUCUCGCAAAUUCUGGCAACCAUCUGAAAGAGCCGCGCUUGCAAUUGUUUUCUUUUUAUCCAUUCAUUUCAAAUAAACAAUUAUUAAAGAUGAACAAGGACAAUUCCAGCAUGCAGAUGGAUCCCCAGUUGGCCCUGCGCCUGCUGGCCGACGGCGGAGUCCUGGUCAUUGCGGGUGUGCCCGAGGGCACGGAAUUCGGCAUAGAUCUGUGCGCCUACACCAUUGGUCCGGAAUUCCGUGGCGUCAAGAUGAUUCCGCCGGGUGUCCAUUACGUGUGGUGCUCCUCUCGUGGUCCCUACGGCGAUGCAGCUCCUCGCGUUGGCUUCGUGCACUUCUUCCAUCCCAACGAGAUUGUGGUGCGCGAGUGGGAUCACGAGCUGGAGGAACUGCGUCCACGGCGGAUUGCCGAACCGGAGGUGGAGCGCGACCGAAUCCGGAAGAACCUAGCCCAACUGGAGCGGAUGCUGGCGCCGUACGACUACCGCUACGUGGUCCAGUGGAAAGAGCUCACCGGUAGUGUGACAGAGCAAUGUGUGGAUCGCUGUCGACCGACCGAGGGAACCAUCCGCACGAACAUCGAGCUGCAAUCCUGCCCGGACGCCGAGCGUCCCAGGGGAACAGCGGGAUCGAGCAGCAUUAGCCGGCGGAAUGCCGCGGCCCGGAUUCUGUUGGAUGAGAGCGAGCUUCUGCCCAACUUAAAACCAGUGGAGGGAACAGCACCACGCUUUAGUUCCGUACCCCAGCGUGUACCUCAAGAUGCUCCGCCCGCAGAUGUCUCUCGCCACGCUAUGGACUGCAUCGAAGCUGUGGACAAGUUGCUCGAAGGCUUCGACACCGCCGAUGGACUAAUUGAGGAACUGCAGCUGGCCUACGUUUUCUUCCUAGUGGGUUACUCCGUGGAAUCCCUGGCCCACUGGCGUAAGCUUUUGGGCUUGCUGGCCCACUCAGAAACGGCAGUAACGAAACACAAGUUGGUGUACAUGAAGUACAGCGAGGUAUUGGCCCAUCAACUGCCCCAUUUGCCCGAGGAGCUGAUGGUGCCCAGUCCGCACAAUACGGUGUACAAAGAUGUACGGGAACUGCUGGUAAAUCUGCAUGCCGGCGGCUUAAGUGUCAGUGCCGAGAGGCUGACCAAGCGACUGGAGAAAAAGCUGGGAUGGGUCUUCGAGGGCCUGCUGGACGAGGACCCCGAGGAUCAGCCCGUGGUUAUCGAACUUCCGGAGCCCUAAGGGAACAGCACUACUCAUAAAAACUCGCAACGAGUGCUGGGUGCGCAAGUAGUUCCACAGAUCCCGGGCCGUGCGGAUGCUAACCAUGAAUUGGCACAACUUGGUCUCGAUCAGGCAGAGGAUCAAGAACUUGGCGCGCUUGUCCUUCAGCAGGGACUGCAACGAGGCAGGGGUUUGAUGUACACGCAUAUGUGUGCUGUCCACCACCACUCACCUCCUCGUUAUUCUCGGGACCAUUCUCCACCACCGACCAGAGUUCCUCGGACUCCAGAUACGCCCGCACCGUCAUCGACCAGGCCUUGUAGUUGUCCAGCCCUUUGAGCUUCUCGAUUUGCAGCUGCAGUGCCAUCUCCGGGACUCGAGCUGUGUUUUGCAACUAAACCGCAGUUGUGCCCUUUGCUUUGCCUCUACCUUUACCAUUGCCUCUUUCUGUUGCUGUCCAGAUUUUCAAAUAUAGAUAUCUAAGUAUAUGUAUAUGGCUUUUCCAUUGUGCGCUUCAGCAUGCAGAAAACAAUAGCCACUAGACCCACUUUUCGGGUUGCCUCUGGCCCAGCGCAAGUGCUGGCCAAGUGACAUUGAGCUUAAGUGGACACUUCUGAUUUGACGCAGAAGCGUUGUCAUUUUCUUGCCUCCCUGCAUAUUGUGCCUGAGCCACAGACUGCCGGUUCAGUUUGGCAAGUAUGUAUAGUUAGCUCACUGAGCUCACAUCCUUUGGUACAACUUUUACUUAUCUGAGUAGUCUCUUCUUACAGUGAGCUAAUUAAUAGUUGGAGGAUAGUAUCUUGUAGAUACUAUAAAAAAAAGUGAUAAGGAAAGUGUUAUUAUUAAUUAAAUAUGAAGUUAUCCCUAACUGCCUUUACAAAAACAC